AUGUCGAAGAAGACGUCGAAGGUGCGCCUGCAAAAGGAGAUGCGCGCGUUCGUCCAAGACCCGCCGCCGUUCAUCCCGCGCGUGCACGUCAACGAGCGCAACAUGCUCGAGUGGCAUCUCCUCAUGGAGGGCCCGCACGGCACGCCGUUCGAGGACGGGUGGUACGUCGCGAAGCUCAAGUUCCCUGGCGAGUACCCGUUCAAGCCGCCGUCGAUAUUCAUGUGCACGCCGAACGGGAGGUUCGCGACGGGGACGCGGCUGUGCCUGAGCAUGUCCGACUUUCAUCCGGAGUCGUGGAAUCCCGGAUGGAGCGUCGCGACCGUCGCGAAAGGGCUGCUGUCGUUCAUGCUCGAAGACGCGGUCACCACGGGCGCGGUGGUCACGACGGGCGUGGAACAGGACGCACGGGACGUUCAAGGCGAUGUUCCCGGAGCUCGAGGACGAGGCGUCG